AUGGCUUCAAUAAACCACAUUUUCCAUUUUCGAGUCACUCGUCUUGCUGUAGGCCCCAGCGGGCGAGCCCCUGUUCAUGAAGCCAUUGCAGCGCACUCCUCAGCACUCAAGGCUGUAGGGCGCCUCAUCCCACACGCCAACGAUGACCCGAACAACUACGACGAGAUAUCCGCGGCUAUCAUGUGCUUAUUCCUGUCAGAGAUUCUCCAUGCCUUUGACACCCGGAAAUCGACCUUUCUCGGAGCGCCUGAAUGGAAAAUAGAGCCGUUUCGCGAUGUGGUUCAAGAUCCCCUGCAGACUCUUUUGAGUGAAGCCGGCGCCAUACCUGCCAUUCUUGAAAUGCUUGAUCACUGCAGCGACAAGAACGGGCUAGUCGCUCGUCAAGCUGCAACUCAGUUUCUGGAAGCUAUCAAUCGACUGGAUCGCUGGCACAAGUCAGUAAAUAUGACUGUGGGAGACUUCACGCCUUUACCAGAAACCUCACUAGCCGGGACCAACUUCGAAUUCCCGAAUAUCACCGUAGCGAAUUCGUUAAGUCACUACUGGGCGUUCUGGAUCAUCUGCGCCAUCCAGAUAAAGCGGUUAGCAGCACAGCACCCAGAUAUCUCAGAGGACUGUCUCCUGAUAGAUGGCGAGCGCCCUGAGAACGAAGUGGUGACCCGAAAGGUUCUCCGAUUCUCGAGUUCUAUCCUUGCAAGUACUGGCUAUUUGAUGCGAGAGGAUAUGAAGCUCUAUGGCACAGCCUCCGCCUUCUUUCCUCUGCACAUUGCGAGGAGUGCGUUGGAAAUGUUUGGAGGCAGUGACGGGGCUAUUGGUGAGGAGUUGAGGAAGAACGCUGAGAUCAUACACCAAAGAGGAUAUGAUGAUGUAUUAUUGCAUAUUGGCACAACACUGCUUAGUUGA